GAGAGUACGAGACGAAAGCGGUUGGUUUGGUAGCGUCAGGACUUAAAGCGAGAGGUUGGCAGAACAGAACCCGCCGGCGUCACGACACCGAACCCCGGAGCCGCCCGCCGCACGAUCGUGCGACCGGCAGGGACCCGUGCCCCCCUCCGAUCUCGCCCCACCCGAUACUCUCGGCUCGAGUCAAAGCGUGCUCGGACUCGUGGAGGAGUUGUAGCUACCGACGUGGCCGUAGCAAAGCAGGCGGAGAGGAAGGGGAGGUCCUACUCCGUCACCGUGCAGUCCCCGUCGUGACCGCAAACCGAAAGAGAGAGCGGGAGACGGGGCGGAGACGACGCGGGACGGGACGGGACGUAGACGACGCACGCCUCUGGUCUGCUCUGCUCUGCUCCGCUUCAGUCCUCCGCAGCCCGCCUUUCCACCGCCGCCUCCUCCGCACGGCGGAGCCCCGCAGCACAAAGCCUGAGGCUUCUUGCGACAGAGUGAGAUGAGUGGCCCAAUGCAAUGCUCAUCACAACUGCAGUUUAUGACUAGCGUUGGGCGGAAUAAUCGCUCUAAUGGCCCUGGCACUCCUCUUAUUGAAAGCAUAGAUGUUGAUCAGAUUGUUAUUCCAGAGAAAAAUAGUUGGAAGAACUUAUUCUCAUACAUAGGGCCUGGAUUUCUCGUCUCAAUUGCAUAUAUUGAUCCUGGCAAUUUUGAGACGGACCUACAGGCUGGAGCACAGUUCAAAUAUGAGCUUCUUUGGAUCAUACUUCUCGCGUCCUGUGCUGCUCUUGUUAUUCAAUCACUUGCAGCCAGGCUAGGGGUUGUGACAGGGAAGCAUCUUGCUGAGCAUUGCAGGGCCGAAUAUCCCAAGGUUACAAAUUUUAUCUUAUGGAUUCUUGCAGAACUUGCUGUUGUUGCAUGCGACAUUCCUGAAGUAAUUGGAACUGCUUUUGCUCUGAACAUGCUAUUCAAAAUCCCGGUAUGGUGUGGUGUUCUAAUAACUGGUCUCAGCACUCUAAUGCUCUUACUACUACAACAAUAUGGGGUCCGUAAGCUGGAAUUUCUGAUUGCUUUUCUGGUAUUCUUAAUAGCGACUUGUUUCUUAGUUGAACUUGGGUAUUCUAAACCAAAUUCUUCAGAAGUUGUGAGGGGCCUUUUUGUUCCUGAACUUAAAGGAAAUGGGGCUACAGGCCUUGCUAUCUCAUUACUUGGUGCUAUGGUGAUGCCGCAUAAUCUUUUUCUGCACUCAGCAUUGGUAUUAUCAAGAAAAGUGCCACGGUCGGUUCAUGGGAUUAAAGAGGCUUGUAGAUUCUAUAUGAUUGAAAGUGCAUUUGCCCUUACGGUAGCUUUUCUCAUCAACUUAUCUAUCAUAUCUGUUAGUGGUUCUGUCUGCGGUUCAGGUAAUUUGAACCCUGAAGAUCAGGCAAACUGCAGUGAUCUGGAUCUGAACAAGGCUUCGUUUUUGUUAAAGAAUGUCCUUGGAAACUGGAGCUCAAAGUUGUUUGCAGUUGCCUUGUUGGCAUCUGGUCAGAGUUCUACUAUUACGGGAACCUAUGCCGGACAAUACGUCAUGCAGGGGUUUUUAGAUCUUCGGAUGACACCCUGGAUACGGAAUCUUCUAACUAGGUCCUUGGCAAUUCUGCCAAGUUUGAUUGUUUCAGUAAUUGGUGGUUCCUCAGCAGCUGGCAAGUUGAUUAUCAUUGCGUCGAUGAUACUGUCCUUCGAACUUCCUUUUGCUUUAAUUCCACUCCUUAAAUUCACCAGUAGCAAAACAAAGAUGGGGCAGCACACAAAUUCAAUAUACACUGCUGUGCUAACAUGGGUGAUCGGUUCGUUUAUUGUCGUCAUCAACACCUACUUCCUGAUAACAAGCUUUGUCAGACUGCUCCUUCACAGUGGGCUGUCCACCGUCUCCCAAGUAUUUUCAGGAAUAUUUGGAUUCCUUGGCAUGCUCAUAUACAUAGCUGCAAUUCUUUACCUUGUCUUCCGGAAGAACAGAAAGCCCAUGCUGCCAUUGUCGGAGAGCGAUUCUGAGCUUGCGAUAACAGGCUGCGGCACAGGUGCCGAAGUUGAAGGUUCUCUGGGCCAUUUGCCCCGGGAGGAUAUCUCAAGCAUGCAACUUCCUCAGCAGCGUUCAGCAUCUGAUCUGGAUUAGAUAACAACAGUCAUAUUUGUUUUUUUUCGAUGAUGAAAUAGUACUAGAAGCUACAUUACUACACAUAGGCACAUCAGGACUUGACGUAGAUCAUCCUAGUGAUGCUACUGUGGACAAUAAACUGUCGAAUGUAUACAGGGGGAUAGAUAACUAUGCCACCAAACAAAGGGGGCAAAUGCUUCUCGGUGCCUGUUUGGAAAGCGAGAAGUUUCCCAUGUUUCUGUUGGAAUCGAAUUGUGGAAUUCUUGCAUUCCAAACAGGAUCUUAGUAAGAACAAGACUAAAUGCUGAAUUUUCACGAUUACAGUAGUGCACUAG